AUGCAUGAGCAUAGCCACGCCAAAUAUAUUAGUAAAAUAAAUUCUAGUGAAUAUUUUAAACAAUCAAAAAUUGAAAUGAUAAAAAUUAACAAUAAUUCAACACAAAUUUUCUUUUUAAUAAAUUUUAAUCACACAUAUAAUAGUAAUAAUAAUAAUAAUUAUAAUAAUAUUUUGAAAUUAAUGGUUUCAAUUUCAAAUAAAUAUUGUAAAAUUAAUCAAAGUUCUGAUUAUGAAAUAAAAUGUUUUUAUAAUUUGAUAAAUGAUAAUUAUAAUGAUAUUGCCAUUUUUAAAAUCAACAAAAAUCAACAAGUCCUCCAACCCCAAGCAAUAAUUAAAAAUUUAAAAAUUGAUUGCCAAUUCCUUGUAAAGGAUUUUAAUUGCAAUAAUAAAAUUGAAUUUAUAGAACAAAAUUCAAAUAAUAAUAGUGACAGUAGCACCAAUAUAAAUAGUAGUGGUUUAAUUAGUAGUGACCAAAAUGAUGAUGAUCCAGGCACCGGAAUUAUAGUUAUUGUAAUUGUAGUCUCAAUAGUUGGUUUAAUAAUUAUUGGAGGUUUAGGUACAUUUAUUUUUUUAAAAUAUUUUAUAAAGAGGUUUCAACAAAAUAUUACAAAUGACAUUGAAAUUAAUGAUAAAAAUUUAAAAAGUAUUAAUGCAUCUAUCUCAGAAAAUUAA